AAUGGCGACGUCUGCUUCAUUCUGUUACAUUCUUUUGUUGGGUAGCGUUGGCCGUUGAGGGGCCACAUGCUUCGCUUGUGGUUGGAAUUUUGCCUCAAUCUUCUCUACUCUCAAUUCCCCGACUCAAUUACUCCCACACUCUCGCUCUCGCUACUCUCUACCUUCAAUUUUCUCAUUCAUCUUCUCUCUCCCUCUCGAUUUGCAAGGCCUUCCUCACCUACAAAUUCUGGGGAAUGCUCUAGCACGGGCUGUCCACACUCUGCAUAGAUCAUUUAUCCAUCUCUUUCGUGUAAGCUAAGCCUCAACAGGAGCAUUGAGUCUAAUCCAUGGCUAGAGUAAAUGGUGUUGUAUAUUCAUCUGCGAAAUCACCGCAACACCCUAAGUAUAUCAUAAACCAAGGAAUAAACCAUCAGAGACAGGGAACAGGACAUUUAUCGCUGUCUAGCCUAAAAUGCAUUUCAAAGCGAUUUUGGCCUUUAGGUCGAAAAUUGGAUGCAUGUAUCGAACCUCGAGGAUUUUCUUUGGUAUGCCAAUCAACAGAAACGCAGGAUACAGAAACAAAAGUGCGUUUCAGGCGCUACCGUGAUGGUUCAGUUAUAUCCAGAUCUCGAAGUGGAGAUGACCAUCCCAUAGAGACUGGCAAAACCAUCUCGUCUAGUCAGGGAUUAGCCGAAGCAUGCAAAUAUGUCUCAAAUGAUGCAAAAUUCAUGAAUGAAAGGGCUAGAAAUGAUAUGAUCCUUCUUUCACGGGGCAUAAUGAAGUUGGAUGCUCGUGCACGACAAGACGUUGCCUUUCUUGGUUCAGAGUUCCUCAAACUUGAUGCACGUGCAAGGGAAGACACAGAGAAAAUAGAUCAUGAUGUAAAGAAAAGAGCUGAAAGGCUUCAUCAUGUAGCUACACUUCUAAAAAAUAUAGCUGAAUCGAGAUUGAAAAGUGCUGCUGACAAACACUGGAGUGAUGGUGCAUUAGAGGCUGAUUUGAAGCGAGCUGACUUUGCUGCCAAACGACGUGCUAUGGAAGAUUCUCUGAUGGCAUUGGAGUUUCUCAAAAACAUUCAUGGAAUGAUGGUGAGCAAAAUGCAGAGAUCGAAAAGAGAUCCUACAGAUGCUACUGAGGCCAGAAGACAUGUAACGCUUGAAAAGAACGGGAAAACUCUUGAGUUUCUCCCAGGGGAGGUAUCUACCGACCACAUUGAUGCCAUUCAGGAAGCUUACGAGAGCAUGGCUUCUGCACUCUCUGUAGCUGAUGGAAUUGACUAUACCGACCCUGAAGAGUUGGAGUUGCUUGUGGCAGCUCUUAUCGAUCUCGAUGCAAUGGAUGGCAAAAGCAGCGUAUCUCUAUUGGCAGAGUGCUCAAGCUCUCCUGAUGUCAGCACUAGGAGAGCGCUAGCAAAUGCAUUAUCAACAGCUCCAUCAAUGUGGACUCUAGGAAAUGCUGGCAUGGGAGCUCUGCAGAGGCUGGCCGAAGAUAGUAAUCCUGCAAUUGCGGAAGCUGCAACGAAAACCAUGUUUGAAUUGAAGAGACAGUGGGAAAUAGAGGAAGGUGAUAGCUGGAGGUUCAUGAUGAACCAAAAUGCUCAAGCAGACAACAAAGAUGCUGAUGAUACUGAAUCUGAUUAGGAAUCCAUAUUUGUUUAUAAUCUCUAGACUAUCAUUGGGUCCUUUUUUUACUAAUUUACCUGAUGCUUAUUCAAAUCUUACUUUUGUAUCAUUAUCUGUAAAAUAAAGAGAAUGAAUUAAUCCAAAUUUAGUACAUUCAAAGGAUAA